AGAUUCAGAAAAACAUAUUAGCUGUCUAAUUUUUUAUAUGUAUAUAUUUGCUUUCUUAUUGUCGUAAACAAAAGUUUUUCUAUUUGUGUUUUUAAGAUUUCAUAAUACAUAUUGGAAAUUUUGAGUACAAAUCAUAGUUCUAAAAUCUCUUACACAUCUUAAUUGAAACAAUUUAUUUUAGUAUAAUAAUAAGCAAGGAAACAAAGAGAGUGAACUGAAGUGACGUAGAUAUUGUUAUCAAAUCCGAAUAUAAUUAAAGAGUAUUUAAAUGAAAAAUGUCGGAAUCAGACUCCUUUUCGUCUCUACAAGCUUUGGUAGACAGCCACCUUUCCAAAACGUCCAUGCAGGAUAAUGUCUCUGAAGAUGUUAACGGUUUAAUUAGGCGUUUACCUUUGCCAACUUUAACUGGCGAGGGUAGUCCCUCGUCUGGCACACAUGUACCCUAUUUGCCCGCCUCGUUUUCCGGUAGACUGCCAUUACCUACGUUCAAUUAUACUGAAAGUCCAAUUACUAAUGUGCUCGCACAACAAGUAUCCAACAUGUAUAAGGCGAAGGAGUUAAGACGGCAGCAAGAGGAAGCCGCAAAAUUGGCUGAGAAAAUGAAAAAAUUGGAAGUGGAGGACAAUAAUGACUGUCUAAUUGAUUUGAGAAUUGCAAUAAAUAGAGAUAUCGGUGCUACAUGUGGCCCGGGCCCUCCUAGUGCAGAGGGAGGCGCAAGUAUUAGUAGUUCUUUAGAAUCACUAUUGGAAGCACGGUUUAUGAAUGGCGAUUACGGUGAUUACACUCCAGAGCGUGCUAAGACCCCCGAGCCUAUACUGCCGUGUAUAACAGAUAUGUCGUUUAUACUAAAAUGCAAAGUAAGAAGUGGAAAAUGUUCCGCUUUUGGCAAAGUAUUAACAUCCCGGUUAAGGCGAGUAGCAGCACCAUAUCUGAGAGAAGAGAUAAAGACAGAUAUUGUAAGAUUUGAUUUCAAAACUAUGUCACCGUGUGAUAUUAUUAAGGAGAAACUCAGAAGACCGACUAUAUCGUUAGCCGCUAAACCCAUCCGUCCAUAACGACCAAUUAGGGGCAAGUGUCGUCCCCUUAGAAGAGAAGAUUGGCUUUCCAUUUCCGCACUGGAUAUGUGACUUGGUGUAUGAUUUUAUUAAUUUUAUCCUUAUGUCUAAUUUUCCUUCUAUUGUAGUAGUCUCUUAUAGUGUCCUUAGAGGUGUCACUAUUGCAGUGAUGAAGUAAAAUGAGUAGGACUGUGUGCCUCCAUUCUUAUUAAUUAUAUUUUCCAUACAAUAUUGAUUACUUGUACGAUCUUAUAAAUUGAGCGCAUUUUUACAAUAAAUAAAACACAUAUUUUGUAUUGAGAUUUAUAUAUAUUUUUUUUUAUUGGUAAUUACCAACAGAGUGUAAUACACUGUUGUUAUAAUUAUCAAUAUUUUUUUUUAUAAAUAGUGCUCAAUUUGGAAGGCUGAAUAUAAAUAAUUAAUGAGUUUUACUUAACCGUUUGAGUGCCGAUGAGCGCUAUCACGCUCAUGCGCAUUCCAACUAAAAGUGCCACGAGCGUCAUAGCGUUCGUGAAAUCAGUCGCUGUUUAGCUCGCUGUAAAAAAAAAAUAUUAAAAAUUGGAUAUUUUUUGGAGGAGAUACAGUUUUUUUAGAGACAAGGGUAAAUGACAUCGACACGACAAAGAUUUCUUUGGCAUUUUUAAGUAGAUAUAAUUAAAAAUCAAUGGCACUGAAACGGUUAAAGUUGUUGUUUCAUUUUACACUUAAAUGUGUUAAUUUGCAAAAGUUCAUAUCAAUGGUUAUUUGAUUCGAAUUAUUUUGUUUAUUUUAUCUACUAUUAGUGUAUGUGACUGGCAACACUCAAGAGUAGUAUAAAAAUAACGCAGUUUCGUGUUUUGUCACAAUUUAUCGAUAACGCGAUUUAUUACAGUCUCAACUAGUAUCAGUUAAUUUAGUUAUUAUUGUAUAGUUACUUAAAAGAAUUUUUAUCUGUUUAAAUAUGUUUCACACAUCAGACAUCUGUGUAAAUGCUAGUUGGAUAUGUAUUUAUUAUUUUAUUGGUGUAUCAUAAGAAAUAGUCACUAAAAACACCUGUUUUGUUUUUUCUAUAUUUUGUUUUUGCUACCUUAUAAUUAUUUGUAAAAUUAAAAAUAUGUAAUAUAAAGUUUUCAAAUUUCGCUUUGGUUUAAUUUAAAUAUCUAUCAUAGUUACAUAGAAAAAACAAUUUUGAUGAUAGGAGUUGCAACUCCUAUUUUCCAAAAAAAGAAUUAGGGGUUAAAAUGAAUUUAAACGUCAAAAAUUGUAAUAUAUAUAAAAAUUGUUAGGAUUCCAGUAACCUGGUGAUUAAAGUAUUAUUCUUAUACAAUUUGUUUCCAACAACUAGCAUUAUAUUAAAGGCACUAAUGUCAACAAGUUACAUAUUUCAUAGGGAAACCCGGUGAUACUUUUUCAUAUUAGGUUAAUGUAGUAAAUGUAGUUUUAGAAUUAUUGUAUUGUAGGUAAUUUAUAAAAUAAAACAUUUAUAUAAAUA